AUGACAGCAACACGUGAAGCCAUCGAUGGUCGAGAGGAUGAUGCCUCGUCAAUGCAGAGUGUCCUGCAGGAUCAGACCCUCCAUCUCAUGAAAGUGCUGAAGGAUCAAAACUUGACCAUAGAAGAGGCUAGGUUGGCACUAUUGCUGGUGGAGGAGUUUACUGAUAGGGUCGGGUGUGAGCCUCCUGAAGAUGAGGAGGUCUAUAUCCAAUAUUGGAUUGACCACUACCAGAAUAAAAGAGCGCCCAUGAAGGAGGAGCCGGAGUGUAGAGUGCCAGAACGAAUUGACAGAAGGACGGGACUUGAUCUUGCGUAUGGUCUGAAGCGGAAGGAUGUCGUUAAGAUAGUUUAUGGUGUCUUCGCACUACGGAGGGAGGUCGACUGGUUGGGCCGCCUCCCCCUCCUAUCACCGAAACCCUCCCGGAGUAUGCAGAUGGAUGCCGGCCCAAGCGUUACCCCACCGACCGUUGAGCCUGUCCUUAAGCCGAUACUAACUGAGGGGAGCUUGACAGCAGCAGCUUUCGGAGGGUCUACAAUAGAAGGUCUGAACUCCGUAGGGCUAAAUAGUUUUGCGAAGUCGGAGUCCUCAGGAGUUUCAAGGGCGUUGGAUCAGUACACUAGGAUCAUCGACCUCUACAUCGCGUGUGAGGGCAUUCCUGAGAGGCUCGGCAACGACUGCAUUUUGCCUCGAUCGAAGCACCAGUGCUUUUUUGAAGGGGAGUCGAAGCUCAUUCCAGUCGAGGUGGUCGAUUUCUUCAAUGCUGUCAAUGACAAAACCAAGUGGGGUCUUAAAGGAGUUGAGGAGAGGGAGUUGUCGGACUACCUCUAUGACUUCACUAACGGCAACGGUGACGUGGCCUUUCCAGUAGUGGAGGCCUUCGAGAAGCAGCAUGGUUACGUCAGUCUGGACGUCUCCUCUCUGUUCCGUUUCUGGGCUGGCCUGACUCCCUACCAGAAAUCUUCUUAUCGCCUCAGAGGAUUGAGUCGGCUGCAGGCAUUAGAUGUCAUAACGAGGAUAGCGGAGCGGAGGAUUGUGGAAAGAAGGGAGGCUAUGGAACUGGAAAAACAGGCGGAGCGAAACCGUCUUGAGAGGUCCAGACUGAGAUACCUCAACACCUUGCCGACCCCGCUAUACGAGCUGGCCCGUCCCAAAGGGGCCUCGCUCGGUGUUGAAGCUGAUAAGACUGCAUUCCGUCUCUUCCAACUACUCCGGAAGAUGGGCCCACACGAGUCUGCAGUAGGGGAUGCUCUCGAGGAGUAUAAGCAAGCACUGGGGCCUUACCAUCUCCAUGACUACUUCCAGUUGUUGCUCAAGCAAGCCCGAAAGCUCCGGCUUAUAUCCACCAUCGACUCUCCUAGUGGGCGCCUGCCUUUGACCCGGAGUGCCGAUGGGGACCAGGAGCGGCUG